UCGCAGCCUUGCUGGAAGAGGUUGGUAAGUAUUGAAUAAUCUUUGUCUGACACAGCCUGUGGUGUGUUCGGCCAUUUGCUACAUGUAUUGUCUCAUCUGCAUUCAUAUUUCUCCCUUAUGUACCAUGAUAUUAUAUUCACAUUUCACAGGAGCACCCCCUCGCUUAUCUACCCAUAUUGCUGGGGAGAGUUUAUUGAACGAUGGGGCCGCAAUUGUUUUCUUCUACAUCUUUUCGCGAAUUUUUUACACCGAAUUCAGGGUCCCAGUCGGUGACAGUAUUGGCUGGAGUGAAGGAAUAAAGGUAUGGCUAACGUUACCUUUCACAGUGUCUAUAAAUGCUAUGUAAGUUCAAUAUAAGUGCAACUGCGUCCCAGAAAAUCUAAUUAUCGUUUUGGUUCGCGCUCUCGCAGAUUUUUGCCCAAAUGGCGUUUGGUGGGACCGCAAUCGGCAUGGUAGCUGGAGGUACAAUAAUUUUCGUUUUGUCCAAGCUGAGUCGCCGAUUCGGCAAAGAAGAGAAUAUCGUGCAGGUAACAGCCGUCGUUGGUUUGGUGUAUCUCACUUAUUUCAUAGCGGACUUAAUUUGCCAUACAAGUGGUGUGAUUGCGACAGUGGCAGCAGGGCUUAGUGUCAAAUUUUUCGGUCGUUCGUCAAUUAAUGACAUCCACCUAAUGGAUGACUUCAUGGGUGUGCUCGAACAUAUCUUAAACACUGUUCUUUUUUCGCUAGGAGGCCUUGUUUGGGGAGAAGUACUAAUUGAAACUCAUAUGGAAGGGUAUUGGGGAGCAAAGGAGUGGGGUUACUUGAUUCUGCUUUAUGUCCUUUUGCAUAUAAUUCGCUUUGUUUUGUUUGCGGCAGCUUAUCCAAUUACUGUUCGAAUCGGACUACGAACCAAUUGGCAAGAGACCGCGUUCCAGAUCUAUGGUGGCCUUCGCGGUGCUGUUGGCAUCGCCCUCUCUAUCGCUCUGGAUAACCAAGUCCUAGAGUACGGAAACGCACAAGAUCUUUCAGAGGAACGAAGAAGCGUCAAGCAACUUUACGCUAUGGUUGGUGGCAUUGCCUUUUUAACUUUAUUAAUAAAUGGUUCAACAGCUGGGCCCCUCCUGAAGAAACUCGGCCUUGCAGAUUCUACAGAAGAAAGAGGGAAAAUUAUCGAAGCAUAUAAAGUUCGUUUGAGGUCAGAGCAGAUCGAUAACUGCGUCAAACUUCUCACAUUCAAAAUGUUCAAAUCUGUCGAUUUUCAGUUCAUUCAAGACCACAUGCCUUAUCUGAGAGACUUGACAAUUGAACAGCUUGCUGAGGCGGUGGAAUCAUUGAAAGAUUCGACACCAUCAAGUAAAUACAGCCCCCCUCAUCUUGAAAAUGUUUUAUCAGUUUUAAAACGCCAAGAUCGCGACGCAAAUGUAGAGGCGCACACAAUCCUCACCGAGGAUUCGGCAAGAUUCUUGAGGAUGCAAAGAAUUGAAUCGCGAAAAAAAGGGAGAAAGGGAGUUUGUAGAUCGAGUAUGCAUCAUAUGAUGACAGGCGACCCUCUUAGUGCUAAGGAGUUGCGACUCCUGUUCAUUUCUAUGCUUCAAGCUCAAUACGAAAAACUUAUCGACGAGGGCUUUCUCACUUCUCAACAUGGACUAACGAUUGCUUUUGAGCAAAGUCUUGAAAUGGCCGAGUCUGACGUCAACAAGGGGGGAGCAUUGAAUGACUUAACCCAUUUGACGGAAUUUUACACCAUUGCUUUGAACUGCACCAGGGUUGCAUUCAAGGCUACUGCUUGGUUGCGUCGUGACAAAAUAUCGAGUUUCAAUGACUUCGAACUUCACCAUUUUAUUUUAUUAGAAUUGGCAUUUGUAACUGCCCACGAACGCGCACAGGAUUUCUUCCAACAAGAAUUGGGUGACUCUGACGCCCAACUUUCGGAAGCAGGAAAAAUUGUUAUCAGGGAGAGCAAACGCCAGGUGUCAAAGGUUGAGGAAGACUUAAAUAGCCCAGAGCUUACAAAAUUCGUGAUCGAGGUCGCCACAUAUAAGGUUUGCGAUGUCCUUUUGAGCCAAUCCAUCCAUGGUGUCGAGAGGCUUGUCAGGUAUGGACUUCUGAAGGAAUCCGAAGCAGAACACAUGAUAGAAGAAAUGAUUCGUGUUCAGAAAGAAGUGAGGCGCGGGAAGUGCAAUAUGAAUGCUCAUGCAUCCAAGCGUCAUGUGUCUAUUCUUGAUGUUAAUCGGGAAACUAGACGCAAUUCCUUUCUGGGUGGAACUGGAAAAAAGAAACCACCCGCUACCGUCGCAGAAAACGCUAGGAUGGCUUCAGUGUCUGCUGAUCUCGAUGGUUUGAUGGAAUCAAAUUCUAUCCAUCUUGAGGAGGCUUGAAGCGUUUGAAUGGGCCGCUUAUCUUCUGUCUUUUGACUAGUUUCGUUCUUUUCAUGUCUCGUUAGGUGCAUUUGAUGUGAUCUUAACUGUUUUUUGUCUUCACAAUCAACUCUAGGGAAAUGC